AUGGCCUCCCCAAAGUUCGAAGGAUGGCUGGGCAAGAGCCCCGAGUCUGUCAAGGGAAAGAUGGAGUGGGGUUCUUUUGAGCCCAAGAAGUGGACUGAAGAUGAUGUCGACAUCGAGAUUUCGCACUGCGGAAUCUGCGGAUCCGACCUUCACACGUUGAAGUCGGGAUGGGGAGAGACGCCGUACCGUAUGGAUGUAGCCUGCUGUGUUGGACACGAGAUUGUGGGCAAGGCCGUCCGGGUCGGCAACAACGUCAAGAACGUGAAAGUAGGUGACCGAGUCGGCGUUGGUGCUCAGUCUCGCACUUGUCAGCAGUCCGACUGCCCCGAGUGCAGUACUGGCAACGACACAUACUGCGCCCGUAACAUGGUCAACACCUAUGCGUCGUUUUACCCCAACGAUGAGGGCAAGUCGAUGGGUGGUUACGCCGACUACAACCGGUCGAACCAGCAGUUCGUCUUCAAGAUCCCAGAGGGCCUGGACUCGGCUGAUGCCGCCCCCAUGAUGUGCGGUGGUAUUACCGUCUACUCGCCACUAAGACAGAAUGGUUGCGGCCCCGGAAAGACAGUCGGCAUUGUUGGUGUUGGCGGCCUUGGGCACUUUGCGGUCCUGUUCGCCAAAGCCCUGGGUGCUGACAAGGUUGUCGGUAUCUCGAGGAAAGCCGACAAGAAAGACGACGUGCUGAAGCUUGGUGCUGACCAGUACAUCGCCACGGACGAGGACAAGGACUGGGAGAAGAAGAACGCAAGGACCUUGGAUCUUAUCAUCUCCACCGUGUCGAGCGCCAAGAUGCCAUUGACUGGUUACCUCGGUCUGCUGAAGACUAGGGGUACGCUCAUCCAGGUUGGAGCCCCCGAUGGCGGCGAAUUGCCUCCCGUCAAUGCUUUUACGCUCAUUGCGAACGGUGUCAAGAUCGGCGGCAGUGCUACUGGCGCGCCGUGGGAAAUCGAGGAGAUGCUCAAACUGGCUGCGGAUAAGAAGAUCAAGCCAUGGAUUCAGGAGAGACCGAUGAAGGAUGCGAACAAAGCUAUCGUCGACAUGGACGCGGGCAAGGCUAGAUAUAGAUACGUUCUCGUCAACGAGAACUAUGGCAAGCACUAA